GUAUGUAUGUAUGCGUGUGUGUCGUAAUUAUGCGAAAUUCUAGUAACAAAACCUCGUGUUUCUCUUUUUUGGCAUGUAAAAGAAAUAAAUAAAUAUAAGAACAACAAUGUCCUAACAUUAAAUCUACUUUGAACCAAUAAGAUAAGACAAUAACCAAUUACAGCUAAAAGAAAAGACAUGGAUAAUAAACUAAACCUUUUUUCCCCCUCCCAAAAUAAAGUAUACUACAAAGUUGAGCGAGAUUAAUAGCCUCAAUAAAUCAAGGAAUGCAACCUCGCCUCGGAAGCAAUGCAUAUAUGCUCGACCUUUUUUUAAAUUAAAAAAUAGUAUAAAACUCUAAAAAGGGUAGAAAAAGCAUCCUAAAACAGGUACUCUAUCGGCUACUGGGCAGAAUGCUGCUUAGUGGAGAGUUCAUUUGAGCACCUAUUAAAUUCAAACAUUUAUGUGCGUAAUUCGACAUUGUAUCGCAUCUCUGAAGUUCCUGUUUUCCCUUCAUCAGCAAAAACAAAUUUUUUUUUUUUUCAUUUGACAUGGCAAAAAUGCAAAUCCCUUCGUAUCUUCUACUAAUCCUGCUCUCCAUAUUCCCCGUAUUCACCAAGACAAAUGGAAGUCAGCUGAUUAUAGUCAACAAUUGUCAAGAACAAAUAUGGCCAGGGAUACUUGGCAGUGCAGGGCAGAUUACACCAAAAGAUGGUGGUUUUCAUCUAGCUAGUGGCGAGGAAGCGGUGAUUGAUGUGCCUGAUAAAUGGUCUGGCAGGAUCUGGGGCAGGCAGAAUUGCCGGUUUGAUGCAAACGGAAAAGGUUCCUGCGACACGGGAGAUUGUGGCGGGACACUACAUUGCCAGGGAAUUGGUGGCGCACCGCCAGCAACCGUGGUUGAAAUGACGCUCGGAUCAUCCUUUUCGCCUUUGCAUUUCUAUGAUGUGAGCUUGGUCGAUGGCUUUAACUUGCCGGUGUCAAUGAAGCCGGUUGGAGGAGGAAUCGGGUGUGGGAUCGCAGAGUGCGAGGUUGAUCUAAACGUAUGUUGUCCAUCGGCAUUGGAAGUCAGGAUAGGUGGAAGAGUGAUGGGGUGCAAAAGUGCUUGCUUGGCAAUGCAGUCAGCUAAGUAUUGCUGCACUGGAGAAUAUGCAAAUCCCAAAACUUGCAAACCUACACUCUUUGCCAAUCUCUUCAAGGCCAUUUGCCCCAAAGCCUACAGCUACGCUUUUGAUGAUUCUUCCAGCCUUAACAAAUGCAGGGCUUCCCGUUAUGUCAUCACUUUCUGUCCUCCCAAAUGAGAAACUUUGGGCGAAAUCCAACACUGGCAGUGUCAACUCAAUUAACAGAAUGUGCUAAAUAUGUCUAGUCUUUAUUUUUGGUUAGGUAUACAGUACUUCGCAAAGUAAGCGGAAGCCCAGGAAUUAGAAUCCUUUGUAUUCUUAUGUUAGCUUCCUUACUAAAGAAUUUCUAUUGAAUUGAAGGGCCUGUAGGAGCCUCAUAUGUAGCAGUUAAGACAUAUAUGACACAGACUCGUUUACCUUCUAAAACAUCAUCACUGCUUACCAACCCACAUUACAAUUUGCACAACAAAAACUCAGUGCUCUCCAUAUAUGAGCUUGUGAAACAAUUUGCACAACAAUUUGAAGGUGCAUUUCAUUUGUGACUUGUUAAUACAGAUGAUACAAGUACAUACGCUGUAUGAUUACUGCAAACAAUGAAUCGGAGAAAGGGUGUUGAAUUCAAAUACCGUAACAGAGGAAACAGUUUCCAAAAGCUAGUAAAUGAUGGAAUGGUAUGGUCCAUUUUAAUUAUUUGUCAAUUUGGUUGAGUUUGCCAAGUCCAUUGCAGUUAGGACAUACAAUCUGGGCUUGAUCUUUCCUAGCUGCAUUAGCCUUCAGUGUCGCUCCACCUCGCCUUAUGAAACCAGCUCCAUCACAUUCAGGGCACCUGCAAAAUAUCAACAUCAAUAAUAGUUUUCAAUGCAAUGUAUCUUCAUCAAGUUUGUCACUUUCCAAAAAAGAAAAAGAGCAGAAAUGAGGAAAAAGGGUUCACAUACAGGUCUUUGCGGGAGAAUAAUAUAGGGAAUGCAGUUCCAAUUAAAGCAAUCCCAAUAGCGCCGGCGAUUAGGUAAGUCGUUCCGUCUGAAGAUACAUCUCCAAAGGCUGCAACCACCGUCAGCGGCCGGCUUUUCUUCUUAUUGAUCCCGUAAACACCACUGGUUUUGAAGGAUGGAAAAACUUUUGAGCCCACGAACGUUGUUGACUUUGUGGGUUGACAUUCUCUCUUGACUGCUGAAUUUGUAGAGAACAGAGCCUGAGCAGAAGCUAUAGAUGCCAUGGAUGAGCUCUGACAGUUUGAUUUGUACAAUGUUUGAGAUGAA